AUGGGAAUCGCUUGGGAGCACAGAUACUAUGGAAACUCGACUCCGGCGCCCAUAUCUUAUGAAUCUCCACCCGAGACCUACCAAUACCUCACCACCAAGCAGGCGCUCGCGGAUCUUCCGUACUUUGCUAGCAACUUCAGCCGCGAGAAGUAUCCGGACGUGGACCUGACGCCGCAGGGCACACCGUGGGUCAUGGUUGGCGGCUCGUACGCAGGGAUCCGUGCUGCAUUAACUCGCAACGAGUACCCAGAGACCAUCUUCGCAGCCUAUUCCUCAUCGGCUCCGGUGGAAGCACGGGUCAAUAUGAGCGUGUAUUACGACCAGGUUUACCGCGGCAUGGUUGCUGAUGGAUGGGCCAACUGCUCGGCAGAUAUUCACGCUGCUCUGGAAUAUAUCGACGAUCAGCUAUCAAACGAAGAUACAGCUACCUCAAUCAAACAACUCUUCUUCGGACCUGGCGCCGAAGCCAACUCCAACGGUGAUUUCACUGGAGCGCUAACCGCCAUCUACAGCUACUUCCAGAGCUAUGGUAUGGCGGGAGGUAUUGGAGGUCUAGGCGCAUUCUGCGAGUAUCUUGAAGUUGACCCCAAGACGAACGGGACUACCGGGCCGGAUGGUCUUGCCCCUACGUAUGGCGGCCAGUAUGUCGCUGAACGAUGGGCAGCAUGGCCCACCUUCCUCGAGCUGGUCAAUCUGAAUAUGGGGACCAACUGCGGACCUCAGAACGCUUCUCAGCCAAUUGACUGUGAUUUCUCCAAGCCAUACGGCGAUCCCGCGACCAUCACUUGGACUUGGCAAUACUGCAGCGAAUGGGGGUUCUUCCAAGCGAACAACGAAGGGCCACACUCAUUAGCCUCGCGAUACCAGUCGGUGGAAUACCAGCAAGAAGUAUGUAACCGACAGUUCCCCGAUGCGGUGGAGAAAGGACUGUUGCCUCCGUCACCGCGGGCGGAUGAGAUCAACCAAGAGUUUGGGGGAUGGACGAUCCGCCCGUCCAAUGUUUACUUCAGCGGAGGAGAAUUCGAUCCGUGGCGGUCAUUAUCCAUUCUGUCUACGGACGAUAUCGCACCUCAGGGGGUGGAGUUUACGAGCGCGAUCCCAGCAUGCGGGGUGCAGACAGAUGAAGACACGGUCUUUGGAUACGUCAUGAAGGACUCGGAACAUUGCUUUGACUUUCAGGCCACGCCGACCGUGGGUAAAUUGUCACGCGGCAUCUUCACAUCCGCCUUGUUGCAAUGGCUUGAAUGUUUUGGACAGAAUUCCAGUCAAACCAGGUGA